AUGGGUAGAAGGCCAUGCUGUUCCAAGGAGGAAGGCUUAAACCGAGGAGCUUGGACUACCCCUGAAGACAAAAUCCUAGCAAGUUACAUUAAAACUCAUGGCGAAGGGAAAUGGAGAAACCUUCCAAAGAGAGCAGGUCUCAAGAGAUGUGGAAAGAGCUGUAGGCUUCGCUGGUUGAACUAUUUGAGACCAGGAAUCAAGAGAGGAAACAUAUCCCAUGAAGAAGAAGAUCUCAUCAUUAGGCUUCAUAAGCUUUUGGGGAACAAGUGGUCCCUUAUAGCUGGAAGGCUUCCAGGGCGGACAGAUAAUGAAAUAAAGAACUAUUGGAACACUAAUUUAUCAAAGAAGGUGAAAGGCUACCAACCCAAGGUUUCAACUCAAAAGCAUUUGAACCACUCUGAAGAAGAGAAAUUGAAGAAGCAGCAGGAGACGAAAAUGGUAAUGGACCCACGUGUUGUUCGGACCAAGGCUUCAAGGUUCAACCGGGUUUUUCUCACUCCACAACCAACUAGUAAUUACCAAGUUAAUGAAAAUAAUAAUGAAGCUACAUUCUCAGAAUCCGAACCCUCCAAGGACAAAACAGUGGAAUUAGAUCAAGUGGAAGAAGGGGAUUCACUCAAUCUUAUGGUAGAUCUCGAUUGCUACUUCUCUGAUGUUCUCAAUUCAGAUUUGUUUGAAUUUGGUAAUGGAAAAGAUGGGGAGUCAUUGCCAUCUUGGGAUCAACCGGUCCUGUGCCCUGAGGUCUGGACCGGAGGUCAUAGUAUCGAACCGGAUUUCCAAUCCAUCAAUUCUCUAUUGGGUCAAGUAGAGAGUUGGUUAGACGAAUAA